AUGGGAUUCACUACGGGAUUCCUCGGAGGUGUGACCUUGACAUACUCGCUGUUGUAUUUCUCACUAUACGUGCACCGGGCGAACCGCAGUGUGCAACGAUCGCUCCUCUCUCAACAGGCGACGCUACUCAAUUCCGUGGUCGAGCCUCUACCUCCGCUACCAGACCCACCUGCCUAUGAAGUGCGUCGAGCAGGGCUCGUCGAGGAGCUCAAGGAUCGUUGGAACAGCGAGAUUGAACGGCUAGUCCGCAAUUUCCAGGAGACGGAUUGGACAGAGAAACGCGCGCGCCUCGAGGAGCAAGCAGCUGUUGUAUGGACGAAUGUGAAGUCGUCGGAGUCAGCUCAUGAGCUGGAGUCGAAGGCUAAACAGCUGGAGCAGAAGGUAAAGGACACGAUCACUGAUGGGACUGGGAAUGUGAAGGAUGCUGUGGCUCGAAAGGCAGAGAAGGUGGUGGCUGGCGCUGAGGACAAGGUGAAGGAUCAAGUUGAGAGGGAACCACGGUUGCUGGAGUUGAAAUGA